AUGUACGUUCAAUUCAUAUGAGUUUUUGAUUUCGAGGUCUGAAUAUGAAAAAAUUUUUGAUAGGUAGUUUUACUUUCGAAUGAACUCUAUCCGGCAGAAAUUCAAAUUAGACAAACUUAAAUACAGUUAUCGGACAUGGAACAAAAAAUUUACAAACAAAAAGAAUUUAGUAUCACCACCUCGAGAGCGGAACUUGCAUAUAUUUCUCCAUGCGCGUCUUAAUUGGUAUGAAGAUAGUCGCAUAGUCUUUCUACAUAGCUAACUAAGAAAAGUUUCCUAGCCCGUGGAAAAUGGAAAUGGAGAAUAAUAGAUGCCCACAAAGUUUGACUACUAGUUCUUCCACUACUUUUGUCACUUAUUACAACCAAGAAACUAAGUUUAGGACCACAGUAGAAAACAUAUGAAUUGACUUAAAGGGUGCUCAAAAUUAUUCAAUUUCAUCACAUUUUCUUAUAUUUAUCUUAGUUUUGAUGAAUUCUUGAAAAAAAUUUAGCCAUGUUUUUCAAGAUAGUAGCCUUGAUUGUGCCUGCCCUUUUUGCUCUUGCAGCCUCUGAAGAACUUGGAUUCAUUUACAAUGGCUUCAAUAGAGCAAAUUUGAGUCUUGACGGCAUAGCACAGUUGACAUCAAAUGGUCUAUUACAACUAACAAAUACUUCUAGGCUGCAAAAGGGGCAUGCUUUUAGUCCCACACCAAUUAAUUUCAAGAACUUACCAAAUGGUUCAAAUUUCUCCUUUUCCACCACUUUUGUCUUUGCUAUAGUGCCUUCAGUUUUGCCUGGUCAUGGCAUGGCUUUUGUGAUUGCACCUGUUGGAGGUCUAGCAGAAGCACUUCCAAGCCCAUUUCUUGGUCUUUUCAAUGAUAACACUACGGGCAAAGUCACUAACCAUGUUUUCGCUGUGGAGUUUGAUACACUUCAGAACAGAGAAUUCAAUGACAUUGAUGGUAACCAUGUUGGAAUCGAUAUUAAUGGAUUAAAAUCCGUUGAAUCGAAGACAGCAGGUUAUUAUACAAGCAAUCAUAAUGUCAAAUUCAAUAACAUGACUCUUGCUAGUGGCCAGCCAAUGCAGGGUUGGGUGGACUAUGAUGGUGUGGCUAAGCAAAUUAAUGUCACUCUGGCUCCAAUGAAUGUGGAAAAACCAAACGCACCUCUUUUGUCAUCAUUCUAUGAUCUUUCACCAAUCUUAAAUGAAACCAUGUAUAUUGGCUUCUCUGGAUCCACAGGCUCAGUUGUUUCAACACAAUAUAUUCUAGGAUGGAGCUUUAAAAUGAAUGGAUUAGCUCAAGAUCUUGAUCUUGCUAGGCUUCCUAAGCUUCCUCGAGUUGGACCGAAGAAACAAUCUAAGCUUUUGUUGAUUGCUUUGCCAAUGAUGUCGGCAAUUGUUGUGGUAAUAGCCUUCUCUGUUAUAAUUUACUAUUUUGGAAGGAAGAGGAAAUUCGCGGAAUUGCUUGAAGAUUGGGAGCUUGAAUAUGGCCCUCAUAGGUUCAAGUACAAAGAUCUUUAUAUUGCCACAAAUGGGUUUGCCAACAAAGAGUUGUUAGGUUGUGGGGGCUUUGGCAGAGUCUACAGAGGAGUAUUACCAACUUCUUCAAUAGAGAUAGCUGUCAAAAAGGUCUCUCAUGAAUCAAAGCAAGGAUUGAGGGAAUUUGUAGCAGAAAUUGUUAGUAUUGGUCGGCUAUGCCACAGGAAUUUAGUGCCACUUUUGGGAUAUUGCAGGCGCAAAGGAGAGUUGCUUUUGGUUUACGAAUACAUGCCUAAUGGAAGUCUUGAUAAGUUCCUAUAUGACAAACCAAUAUGUGCCCUCAAUUGGAACCAAAGAUUUCGAGUCAUCAAAGGCGUAGCUUUGGCACUAGUCUAUCUACAUGAAGAAUGGGAACAAGUAGUAAUACACAGAGAUGUGAAGGCUAGUAAUGUAUUGUUGGACAGUGACUUGAAUGCAAAGUUAGGAGAUUUUGGCCUAGCAAGAUUGUAUGAUCACGGGACCGAUCCACUCACUACACAUGUAGUUGGAACUGUAGGUUACCUUGCCCCUGAGCAAACAAGAACUGGCAAAGCCACAACCAUAAGUGAUGUAUACGCCUUUGGUGCAUUUUUGCUUGAAGUGGCUUGUGGGAGAAGGCCAAUAGAUCCAAGGGUAUCGGACGAGGAUAUUGUGUUGGUUGAUUAUGUAUUUUCAUGUUGGAAUAGAGGUGAUAUUCUUCUAGCCAUUGAUCAAAAUUUGGGCAAUGAAUUUGUUAAAGAGGAAGUUGAAUUGGUACUAAAACUUGGACUAGUUUGCUCUCAGACUCAGCCAACAGCUAGGCCAAGUAUGAGGCAAGUUUUAAUUUACUUGGAAGAUAUUGUGCCUCCACCAUUGCCAGAGUUGUCGUCGUUACAACGUUCUACCCCUGGUUUCACAUUUCCUGGAUUUGACCAUCACGUAUUUUCUGCAGAUAAAGAACUUUCAUAUCCCUCGUCUGAUUCGGAUUCUUUUCCAUAUACUGGUCGAUGAUUAGAAGUCUUUCUAUAUUGCCUUGAUGAAUUAUGAUCCCAAUCGCAACGACAACUUAUUGCAACAACAACUAGUACUUCAAUUCCAAGGAAGUUCUUGUUACCUAUGUGAAUUCUUACAGUAUCUCGUUUCAGUUGAGCUCAUUAUAUUUGUUACGAUACAAAGAAUGGACUAAUGUACACCCAGAAUCCUCUUUCUUUGAUCUAUAAUGUUGCUAUCAUUUUAAAAUAAUAAACUUGUCGUUACAACUCA